AUGCCAAACGCUUCGAACCUACUGCUCUUGACUGCGAUAUUCUGUCUACUACCCUCAAAUGUCCGUGCAUUUGGAGCGGGAGACAUUCCUGAUUUUGCAUAUCUGAACGAUAAAGCUUUCCGUCAUGGAGACAUCGAGAACAUCCUUGAGCAGGUUCUGAAGAAUGCAGCUCUCGCUGCAGGCGGAACAGGUCUGUUCGGAUUUGCAAAACAAGCAUUUCAGAAUGUUAGCGGCGGAUCCAAAUUUGACAAAGGAGAUAUCAAAAAGGUGUACUUUGGAAACUGGCUCCGGGAUUACUCGCAAGCUAUGGACAUUGCGGGGUUAAGUAAACUGACCGCUGAAACCUUGGUGCUGGUUGUUUCUGUACUUGGGUUCAUGACAUUCGGUUUCGCUACUGAGGAGUUUGAGGUUACUGCCGACCGAUUAGGCGUGUAUCUGCCAGUCGAAGGGGAUGCUCGAAGCUUUCAUCCCAAGCUUCGCCCGCCUGUCGAUCCUCGUGAGCUCGAGAUUGAUCCUCGAAAUGGCAUGAAAAACUACAUGGCAACCGAGGACCAGGGUUGGGAUUCAUCGACUGCUCACAUACGUCGCACAUUCCGUGCUUGUAUUGAACACGGACGACGCGCUGGCGGUCGCGAAGGCUCCGAUCUCUGGGAAGCAUAUCGUUUCCUAGGUACAGGAUUACACACCAUGGAGGAUCUUUUAGCACAUAGCAAUUGGUGCGAAAUAAGCUUGAGGAAGAUGGGCUACUCCGAAGUGUUUUGUCAUGUCGGCGAAAAUACCGAUAUUGACACUCCUAAUGGUCGAGCCCCUCCUCUUGUUACAGGCACCUUUGGGAGUGCCGAUUUUUUGCACUCGCUUCUCGGUGAAGCAACUGAUCAUUUGAGUCAAGCCAGUGUCACAUCGCUUGCGCAGAAGAUGACGGAUGCUUCCAAUGAGUCCAAUGCUUCCGGAAACAUCGAAAACCUCAGAAAGAUAUUCUCUAAACUCCCAAUGAGGGGCAGCGACGAGAAAAUGAACGAAGCGGAGGAGUUGCAACAAGAGUCGAAAGCUUACAACUUUAAUCCAGAUGAUAUUGCCCCUCCAGAUGUGCAGAAGCGACUUCUGGAGAUGCUUGCAUGGAGAGACGGUGUUUUUAGGUGGAUCACAGCAAAGAUCGAAAUGAUACCUGGGUUGUCGUCACUAAUCGACGAGCUAAUGAACGCACUGAAUGCUUACGUGUAUACUGUGAUCGCUCCUUGGCUUACGCCUAUUCUCACCCAGGCUACGAGCGUUCUGGGAGAGGGAAGUAAAGCUGUCAUCGAUACCGAUGAUCAGUAUGAGGUCUUUGACAACCCCGAUGCCUCGGAUCCUUCCCAUAGUUUAUUAUCCAAGGAUCACUUUGGUCUAAUCCUCAAUGAGCCCGCUGGAAAAGUGGCACAGAUCGUUGUUGUUUAUAGCACUGAACUCAUCGUUAAAGCCUGGGCCGACAACAGCGAUCCUGACGAAGUGGUUGACCAAAUCCUUAAAGCCUUUCAUCAUCCUUAUUUUGCAGAUAGUUAUUCUUCUAUCCAGCACAAAAUGUUUGAAGAGAUGGAACGUUGGAUUGGAGAAUUGAGCCCCGACGAAACUUCACAGACGAUUCAGGCACUGUCCAAAGAUAGUGUAAGGAACGGCAAGAAUAAACGACUUACGGAGGAGAGUGAGGAUGUCGAGGCUGGAUACGGAACGUCAAGUACUUCUCAGUCCUAUACAGAGACAUCUAGUUACAUGCAAGGGGGAAGGCCUGACACAAGUUACGGCGGAGAAGAGAGCUACGGGGGCCAGUAUCAACAGCAAUCGCAAUAUAAUAUCGGAUAUGAUACCGACUCGCGUGGCUCGAGUCACGAAUACGACUCGAGAGAUAACAUCCAGCAGUAUCCCGAUGUCGACAAUAAACAAGGAACAUACGGGCGAGAGGAUGCCUAUGAUUUAGGACGCAGCCAGUACUCUAGCUCCAUCGGCUAUGCUGGUAGUCAGCACUAUGAAGGUUAUGAUCCGAAUCGAAGCAGGCGAAAUCCGCACGGCUCUGGCCUAGGGUUCUCCAAUUAUGGUCGACCAACGGGGAGUUCCUAUGGCUAUAACCGUGAACAACAGGAUCCGUAUGGUUCAGAUGAAUAUCGCUCACUUCACAGGCAUGGAUCAAGCGGAUACGGAGAAGAUAGUCGUGAACCUCGUCGAUCUCAGUAUGGAGAACUGGAGGACUCCUACAACUCUCAAAGUCUUGAGCAGUCCACCCAUCAUCGCGAUGAAACGUAUGGGAACAAGCAAUCUGAACGCAGUCCAAACCGUACAGAACACAAGCCUCCAACUCACCACGGACAUCGCCAUAACUAUGAGCGAGAUGAGCACGAAAAUGAUGAUUCUUACCGAAACGAGGGUUACCAAUCAUUCGAGCAACGUGGUGACUACGGGUCUGGCGCUCUCGAUGACCGUCGUUUCGAUGAAGGGUAUGGUCGGGGCGAAGAUUUCAGGGAAGAAGAAUUUGGGGGAAGGGAGGUCAGACGCGAGAGCGGCAAUAGAGAAAUUCGGCAUGGUGGACAACACGGAAGUCAUAGGUUGAAUCGUGGAUACGAAGGUGGUUAUGGCGAACAAGAGAACGAAACUUUUGGAGUGGAAAGGUUGAACAUCGAUAAUGAAUAUGGUUUUAGACGUUGA